AUGGAGUUCACCAACGGGACAGUCCAGGAAUUCAUUUUGCUGGGCUUUGAAGUUGGACAGUUUCAACGACUCCUGCUCCUCACCUUUUUCACUUUUCUUUACAUGCUCACCGUAGCUGAGAACAUCACCAUCAUCAUGUUGGUGCAUCUUGACACCCACUUGUCCCGGCUUCCCAUGUACAUCCUCCUGAGCAACUUCUCCUGGCUGGAGAUCUGCUAUGUGAGCACCACUGUGCCUCGCAUGCUCUUAGACCUGGCAUUGUCCAACAAGAUGGUCUCCUUCAGUUCCUGCUUCCUCCAGUUCUACAUCUUCUGCUCUCUUGGCAGUACCGAAUGCUUCUUCCUUUCUUCUAUGGCCUUGGAUCGGUACUUGGCCAUCUGCCACCCACUGCGAUAUCCACAGCUCAUGCCCCCAAAUUUUUGCUACAUCUUAGUAACUGUUUGUUGGGUCCUUGGCUUCCUGGCAUGUUUUGUCCCAGUCACACUGAUCUCCCAGAUGUCUUACUGUGGUCCUAACAUCAUUGAUCAUUUUUUGUGUGAUCCGGGCCCAAUUCUGGCUUUGGCUUGCCCCCCAUUUCCAAAAGCUCCCCUCAUUAGUCAGGUUGUCGUAAGUGUUGUAGUGAUCUUAGGCAACAUUUUGUUUUCUGUGCUGCCCUAUGGUUCUGUGAUUGUCACCUUGAUUAAAAACUCUAGCAAAGGCAAUCGGGCAAAGUCCUUCUCCACCAUAUCAUUCCACUUGUUGGUGUUCACACUUUUCUAUGGCCCAUUAGCAGGGAUGCAUGUACAGCCAGAGGGAAAAACUGAUUCAAAUAUCACUAAGACUGUAACACUCUUCUAUACUGCCUUAACACCCUUUAUCAACCCCAUGAUUUACUGUCUGAGGAAUGAUCAGGUGAAAGAGGCACUGUUCCGAUUAUGGAGGAGAAAGGCGGUCUUUUUGAAAAGUAAAAUUGACAGUGUAAAAAAGAGGAAAGAGUCAGGAAAUAUAUAA